AUGGCUACAGCCGUCCAGUACUCGACCCCUUCGCAUCCUUAUACCACAUAUCGUCACCACUCCACGUUCUCAACGUCAACAGCCUCGUCAUCUUCCCAUAGCAUAGUUCCCCGCACAUCAACACUUCAAAAACACUCGUCAUCAUACCGGACGAUAGGUAGUGGUGGUGGUGGUGGAGGCGCGGGAAUGGCGAGUUAUUCGUCAUAUUCUUCAUCCACCACAGGCGGGCCUGGUGCGACCGUGCCAGCCCGUCCUGGGUCGUCUUACGAAAAGGAGCAAACUCAACAUUUACAUGGGAAACUUCACAAACGGUCGAUAUCGAAAGAAACAUCAAUAUCUGUCCCUUCGCCUACAAUAGAGGAAUUCUUUCCGCCGGAUCCUUCGCAUCAUAAAAAGGGGAUUAUAAAACCUCUGUCGUUACUUAAGAAAGUUUCGAGUACAGGGGGUGGCAGUGGGAAGUUGGAUUUGGGAAAAUCCGACGGUGGAUCUGGUGGGACUUAUUAUUCUGCUUCGUCGCCGUACAUUGGGGGUAGGAAUUCAGCGACUGAUUUGUCAAGUUUCGUACCUACACAUCGGCAGCAGCAUAAACGUACCAUCUCGGGAAACUCGGGUGGAUCCAACGCCGGUUCACCGAAUUAUAUUGGGAGACGGUAUGCGCCGACACCGACACAGUCUUAUCCAAACUCCUUAGGUGGCAAUUCGGAAAGUGGGGAUGACGAUGAGGAUGACGAUGGGUACAGUGAACAAAGGUUUGGGAGGAAGAGAGUGGUUGGAGGUGGGCAGAUUGGACAGUUGAGGAUUGUCACCAGCUCGACGGGGUUGCCAUUGGCACUGCCGCCGAGAAUUCCGAUCUCAGAGAGUGCGCCGAUAUCGCCAGUUACACCACUGGGAAGGACACACACCGUCGAUUCGCUUGAUGCGAAAAAGAGAAAUGACUCUUUUGACAGACGGAAAGAGUCAAUUGACCGAAAGCGCAAAAUUGUUGGCGGUAGGAAUUCCAGCGAGGAAUACGUGGAGAGCAUGAAGAAGGCCAGAGAAAAGUUUGAAGAACAAGAGAGAAAGAAGGAAGAGAGAGAAGAGAAGAAGGCCAGAAAAUCCAUCAGCAAGGAGGAGAGCCGGAGGCGCUCGAUCAGCAAAGACGAAUCGAGGAGACCGUCGAACGAUGGAACAGUUGGGUCAAACCCACAAGGCAAAUCAUCAAGAUGGUUCGCCACUCGACACUCGACUCCAGAUCUGGGAACAACAAACGAGAAGACAAUUGGAAUCCCGUACAGUGGAGGGAAUAAAAAUGCGACGACCAGUCUACGAAACAUUCCUAUUCGCGCAGCCGAGGAGGGACGGAGAUCUAGAAGUGAGAAGAGAGGCCAUGUUGGUGGAGGUGCUUCUCCACGAGGAUUCAAGAACCAAUGGCAGGGAUUUGUCAUGUGGGUUCAAAUCGGAUUCGUGAGGAUGGGUCGAAAGGUUCGCAGACUCUUUGUAAAGAACACUUAA